GUUUUAAUAUGAAUUGAAUGGAUAUGAGAAAAUAAUGACAUGUGGAGUAAAAUCCACCUAUCGAAACAACUUCUGAUUUCACUCCCACUCAUCUUUUAGAUCGGAUCAGCUUCCUCGUUCUCCUUCCAACCAGCGGUAAUGAAAUUAAACUAAUGUAUUAUUAUUCAUAAGCAAUCCUGAAAUGGCAUACAACUUUAACACCGAUAGAAGCAAAGAAAGGUUGCUAUCUCGCAAGACCUUGUUUGAAGAGUCUGAUCAUAAUAAGGAUGGUGAUGAUGAUGCGUCCAUCCUGGAUAGAAUCACGAAAUCAUGGGAAGAUCUUCAGGAGUUCCUUGUCAAGGUUUACGAAAUGGGUCGGUCUGACCCCAGACAGAUCAUCUUCGCUGCAAAGUCCGGCUUCGCACUUGCUUUUGUUUCCGUGCUCAUUUUUUUUAAAGAACCCCUUGAUUACAUCAGCCAAUAUUGCAUUUGGGCAAUUCUAACUGUCAUUGUCGUAUUUGAAUUUAGCAUCGGGGCGACCCUUAGCAAAGGAUUUAAUCGUACUUUGGGGACAUUUUCAGCGGCAGUGCUUGCAUUGGGGUUUGCUCAACAUCUUCAUAGCAGGUUCUGUGUCAACCUAUAUCAAACUCUAUCCAUCAAUGAAGCCCUACGAAUAUGGUUUCAGGUCUGGUCCGGAGAAGAGCUGCAUAAAUUGGUGGUGAAGAAUUUUAGGGGUGUUGCUACUUCCUUGGAAGAAUGUGUUAGAAGUUACCUGCAAAACGUGGAAUAUGAUAGGAUACCUUCGAAAAUUCUCGUAUACCAGGCGACUGAUGACCCUCUUUAUACCGGAUAUAGAGCAGCAGUACAAUCUACAAGUCAAGAAGAUGCUCUGUUGGGCUUUGCAAUUUGGGAACCGCCCCAUGGGCGUUAUAAAAUGUUGAGAUAUCCAUGGGGUCAAUUUGUGAAAGUUGGCGGUGCAUUAAGGCAUUGUGCUUUUAUGGUUAUGGCAAUGCAUGGGUGUAUACUUUCAGAAAUACAGGCAGCAGCUGAACUGAGGAUGAUGUUCAGAAACGAGAUUCAGAGGGUGGGGAGUGAAGGUGCCAAAGUACUGAGGGAGCUGGGAAACAAGUUGGAGAAGCUGGAACCAUUAAGCCCAGAUUUUGACCUACUUGAGAAGGUGCACGAGGCCGCAGAGGAGUUGCAAAUGUUGAUAGAUGAAAAAUCAUACCAUCUUGUGAGUGUAGCUGCUAGACAAAGACACAAAGAAUUGGAAGAUCUUGAUCAAGAGGAAACCGAGGAAGAGACCUCCACUGAAGCCCAACACGCCCCCCUUUUGAAACAUUCUCAUACCUUCAAAAAUAUCGACCGCCAUAUCACAAAUAUGUCCAUGAAUCUUCCUUCUUUUGCAAACUGGGGUUCCUGUGAUGAAGAGGCACUCAAACAGCAGUUACAGUGGCCUUCACGCCUCUCUGUUCUUGGGGACACCGUUCUUAAUGAACGUGAGGUUAGGACUUACGAGAGUGCAAGUGCUUUGUCUUUGGCCAAUUUCACAUCUUCCUUGAUCGAGUUUGUUGCAAGGCUUCAGAAUCUGCUCAACUCUUUUCAAGAGCUUAGCGAUAAGGCAAGAUUCUCAAAUCCAAAAAACCCUCUUGAUCAAAAGGAGGAAGGGGAUGAUGUGGGAUUCUGGACACCAUUUGGCAACUGUAUGGGCUUCAACACUUGAAUCAAACCACUCUUUUCUUUUUUGUAGUAAUUAUAGCUUCGUUUGAACUAUUAGAUUUAGGAAUGGUCAAUUUUGUAUGCUCCGAAGCUUCUUCUGAUAACUUUGACUUCAAAAAGUAUAAUCAUAUUUUACACAUUUCUCCUAAAACAACC